AUAAGAUAGAGAGAGAGAGGAAGAUUAAGUAGUGAGAAGUAAAAUUUUCCGAGAACUACAUACGUAUAACAACGUUAGCAAACACUGCCCUGAAUGACGAACAGGUGUGACUGAAUUAAACGAGUAUCAAUUUGAUUUUCAGAAGUGAAGAAAGGAACACAUGAAAAUGGUUUUACCUUUCGGUCUUUCGUCCGAUGGCCAGCAUAAUCCAAAUAAUGAAAGUUUAAAUGGCGGUUCCUCUCAUUCAGUAACAAAGCCGCCUAUAGCGCGGCCUUCAUUUUAUAUGCGAGCGCACACGAACGUCUCAGCCGGCAUACCGAUAAUACCAAGUCCUUAUAUCGAUUUUAUUGUGGUUAACGGCGAUGACCGUUACAUGAUAAGAUGCGAGAGAAAAGCAGUAUUGGAGAAUAGCGUCGAAUUGGCCAAAUUGAUUCAUGCCGGACCGAAUAGUGGCCGCAAAGGUGACAAUCAUUUCCAAGUCUCAAAUGUAGAUAAACAUGAUUUCGAAUUAAUUAUACGUUUUUUGGAAACAAAAUUUGUAAAAUAUCGCGACCAUUUACAUAUACUGAAAAUACUGGAACUAGCGGAUCGUUUCAAUUGCCCCGAUUUGAUAAUUCAUUGCACACGCGAAUUAGACCUUCAGCUAACAAGUGCCACCGUAAUAGAUGUUUUUCGUUGUCUCUGGUUCUAUCAGGCGGUACAAGUCUCUAAUCAAUACCAAUUAGGUGCCGUUAUAACGACACAAGAAUCCGCCUCUAAGAAGAACAAACGAAAAGCUCAGGUAAUCGCUACAACGAAUUCUAAUUUCAAUUUGAAUUCUACAAACGUUCCCGCCCCAAAUCCGAAUCCAUUUACUGCCGAAGACUACGGUGUAGCCCUGCUUAACAAUGCUCUACAGCUAAUUGAUAUGCAUGCCGAAUUAGUGCUGGCCAAGGAAGAAUUGACUGAACUUCGUUUCGAAGAAUUGGAAAUGAUUGCGAAACGUGAAGCUUUGCAGCUAAGUUCGGAGCGAACGUUAUUUAAUUGCCUGGCCGAUUGGAGUACAGCAGAGUGUAGACGCAAAAAUCUUGAGGCUAACACCGAAAAUAGGCGAAAAGUUUUGGGCCCCCUUUGUUAUAUGCCCCGUUACGCUUUAAUGAGCGCUCAUGAAUUUAGAACAGCUUGUGAUCGUGUCGAGCUAUUAAAUCCAACGGAAAUUCCACUUGUUAACGAUAUGAUCGAAGGUAGGAAAUCAAAGAAUUUGACACUGGAGCAGAGCGAAUUACUAGAGAAAUUUCGCACUCCCCGGCCGGAGUUCGCUAAAAUGCCCAUACAUCUUAGCGAUCGCAGUAAUCCAAAAAACUACCCAAAGAAAAUGAGGAGUGCCGAGAAGAGUGCCGCUAAUAACCAAGAGGCCGGUUGCUUAGAAAACUUUGGUUGGAAUUGCUUAGCGGUGUUCGCAUGCAUUUUCGAUUGAGAUAAAACCAAAAAUGUCCGCCGAUUUAACCACAGCAGAGUAGUUGCAAUUAUCUAUUUUUAAUAGUUUUCGUUUUAUAUAGGCGCAAAUUAUAUAUUAUGUAUGUAAAACAAAAAAGAAGAAAAAAAAAAGAAAACAGAAAACAGAAAAAAACAACAACAACAACAAAACUCACACAUGUCAAAAACCGAACGUAUAUUUCGACAAUUGUGAUCUUCCUCCUAUUACUUUAACUGAUCCCGUUAGCAUGCAUUCAUUUCCUUAAGCUCACACAUACGUGUACCUGUGUGUAUGUGUUUGUGUGUGCAAUCAAUAUAUUUAUUUAUUUCAUGUUACCAGUGAAAAAUGGGUAAUGGGAAUUUAAGAAAAGAGCUCAACGAUACACGGAAUGGGAGAAACAGAGAGCCUCGACACUCGAUCGGUAGAUGCAAGCACUUUAAUGCAUUUAUGUUUUUGAAUGAAUGUGUGUGAUGUGUGCACGUAUGCUUUUAUAUUUAAAUUAUUGUCUUGCGUGGCUGGGUACAUGUUUCUGUGUUUUCGGCCGCGUUCCGAUCCGUUAAAUUAAAGUGCAAUUAGGAACCCAAGGUAGACGACAAAAAAAAAAAAAAU